AUGGCCACCAUCGCCAACUCUCUCAUUGUCAUUGUCCUCUUCAGUCUCAUUAGCCAUGGGUUAUGCGUUACUUGCACCAAUAAGAACAUUCAGAUCGUUACGACACGGAGUGGGAAGGUGGUUCACGGCAAACCCGAAUGGAACGUGGUGGUGACUAACACCUGCAAGUGCUCUCAAGCCAUGAUUAAACUGAGUUGCAAGGGAUUUCAGACUGUAGAGCCGGUCAGUUCUUCGAUCCUAUCAGAGAUAGGUGUUGACACAUAUCAACUCAUCAACGGCGAUAGCUUGGCUCCUGGUGCUUUUGUCAAGUUCUCCUAUGCUUGGGAUUCUCCUUCCAGUAUAUUGCCUGCUGACUCUCUUUCUAUUCCUUGCUAA